CCUUCCUUCCUUCCUUCCCUACCUGCGCCAGACCCACGGCGGGGUCCCGGUCCCGUCCCUCGCGGCGUCGGGCGUCUCUCUCUCCGCGCUCCCUUCCAGGCGGCCCAGCAUUGGUGAGUUUGCUCCUUAAAUCAAGACCUUUAACUGAGGCAUAGCAGACUCACAAAAAGAAAAUCCUCUAGAUUUCUUACUGAAAUCUUGUCACCUUGAAAUUGAAUGAUGAAGCUGCUACGUAUUGCUCUUUUUCUUUUGCUUAUCUUUACAACUCUGGAAGCCCGGCCAAAAUUUUUAGAGAGUAAGUGUAAAACUGGCCCCUUGGAUAUUGUGUUUGUAAUUGAUAGCUCACGCAGCGUUCGUCCCUUCGAGUUUGAAACCAUGCGGCGGUUCAUGAUUGACAUCAUUCACAACCUGGAUAUCGGCCCUAAUGCCACACGGGUAGGAGUGAUCCAGUAUUCCAGCCAAGUCCAGAAUGUCUUCUCCCUCAAGUCCUUUUUCACUCGGGCUGAAAUGGAGAAGGCCAUCAACAACAUUGUCCCGCUGGCCCAAGGCACAAUGACAGGGUUGGCUAUCCAGUAUGUCAUGAAUGUGGCCUUCACCACACAGGAGGGUGCACGGCCACUUCACAAGAAGAUCCCUCGGGUGGCAGUGAUCGUAACUGAUGGACGGCCCCAAGACCGUGUGACUGAGGUUUCAGCUCAGGCACGGGCGGCUGGAAUUGAAAUCUAUGCUGUGGGUGUGCAGCGUGCAGAUAUGAACUCCUUACGGGCCAUGGCUUCUCCUGCCUUGGAAGAGCAUGUGUUCUUGGUGGAAUCCUUUGAUCUCAUCCAACAAUUUGGGAAGCAGUUCCAAGACAAGUUGUGUGGUGUUGAUAUGUGCACAGAAAUGGACCACGGUUGCCAGCAUACUUGUGUCAGUAUUCCAGGGUCUUUCUAUUGUCAAUGUAAAAUGGGAUUCAAGCUGAAUGCAGAUGGAAAGACAUGCUCCAUCAUUGAUGCCUGUGCAGAUGGGAGACAUGGCUGCGAGCACCAAUGUGUGAACAAUCAUGGUUCCUACACUUGCCGUUGCCGAACAGGCUAUCAGCUCAACCAGGACAAGAAGACAUGCAGCAUGAUCAAUUUUUGCAGUUAUGGCAAUCAUAGCUGCCAGCACGAGUGUGUUAAUAUCCUGAAUGGACACUAUUGCCGCUGUCAUGAUGGCUAUACCCUGCAAGCUGAUGGGAAGUCUUGUCAGGCCAGUGACCUUUGCAAUAGCAUAGAGCAUGGAUGUGAAUUUAAAUGUGUCAGCACCUCAGGCUCUUAUCACUGUGUUUGUCCAGAGGGUCAGCAGCUACAGGCAGAUAAGAAGACAUGUAACAAAUGCAAAGCAGGGCACAUAGAUUUGGUUCUGGUGAUUGAUGGCUCCAAAAGUGUCCGGCCUCAGAACUUUGAGCUGGUAAAGCAGUUUGUGAACCAGAUCGUGGACUUCCUGGAUGUGUCCCCUCAUGGCACGCGGGUGGGGCUGGUUCAGUACUCCAGCCGAGUGCGCACAGAGUUCCCUCUCAACAAAUUCACAACUGCAGCAGAUCUCAAGAAGGCAGUGCAGAGGGUGCAGUAUAUGGAGAAGGGCACCAUGACUGGCUUGGCUCUGAAGCACAUGUUGGAACACAGCUUCACUGAAGCAGAAGGUGCCCGACCUCUUUCCCAGAAUGUGCCAAGGAUCGGCCUUGUCUUUACUGAUGGACGCUCUCAGGAUGACAUUUCAGAGUGGGCCAGAAGAUCAAAGGAAGCAGGGAUUAUCAUGUUUGCUGUUGGUGUCGGUAAAGCUGUUGAGUCAGAACUGAGAGAAAUUGCAUCUGAACCAGUGGAUAAGCACUUUUCAUAUUCAGCAGAUUUCAAUACCAUGACUAAUAUAGUUGAAAAUCUCAAAAUCAACAUCUGUCCUGAGGAGGGCAAAGGAGAAACUGAAUUCCGUAACCCUUGUGAAUGUGAGGCUCUUGUACAGUUCCAGACAAACACUCUUGCAAUUCUGGAAGAUCUCACUGAUAAAAUUGGUCAGAUGACUGCUAGACUCGACCAGCUAGAAAACCAGAUUGCCAGCAAAAAAUGAUCACCCAGACAAGCAUCCUACAUUUUGGGCAUGGACACAUCCUUUAGUUCAUCUUUGGCAUCUCUAGACCUGUUGUAAAUGGUUGUCUACUCUUUUAUUACAGGUUCAUCUGAGGAAGUGAAAACAGUCCCCUUUUCCUUCCUUUUUUUAACUUAAGAAGACCCUUUUAGUCAGAACAUUGGAACAUAUAUACAUAUGUAUGUAUUUUUCACCUUUGCUUGAGAUGGAUGGUUGGGCCAAGUUGUGGCAAAACUGGUUCGGCCCCAACAGAUGGACAUCUCAGAGAAGGAUCAGGAAGUAGAAUAUGAAAUAUUUGCAAAAAAUGAUUAAGAUUGGUCAACAUUCAUGGAUUGUUUCCUGGGCUUUGCAGCAAAGUCAAGAAGUUUCUGCAUCAAAACAGCUUCAUUAGUAAAGAGAGGCCAUGCUCCUUUCCUUGCUAAAUUCAUUUUUUAGACCAACUCUGAAAAGAAGAGGAAGAAGUACCUUCUAACAUUCAGAAAUAUAAGACUAUAUAGCAACAGACAAACACCCUUCCUGUUCUUCCUCCUGUGGAAAGCAGUGCCUGGGAAUUCUUUGUCUCAUCCUUUCCACCUUGGUUGCAUAUUAAUGCUUGCUUUUAAAAAAGGAAAUAUAAUUUAACUUAAAAAAAGACGAUCCAAAAAUUAAUCUGGAACAUUUCUGACUGGUAUUAUCUCCCCACCUUGUCUUUGACAAUAAUUCGUCAUUAUCCCCAUUUCCCCAAAUCAUUCUGAAAAAAAGCUCUAUAUGUAUGUAUGUUUGUGUUUGUUUGUGUGUAUGUGUGUGUGUAUAUGUAUCUUUCUGCAAGGAAAGCAGGAUUGUCAUACUUUUAAACAAACAUGUUUUUAUUAUAUGUAAUUUUUUAUCCUGAGAAAUAAACUUGCUGAAAAUUU